AUGCGGAACGGGAAGUUCCCGCUGCUGCCCACGGGGCGGGCCGCGGACGAGAUCGAGGUCCCCGCCGACGACGACGGCGGCGACGGCGCGGCCAUGGCCGUCGUGCGCGCCACGCUCAUCGACGCCGGAAACCCUUGCUGCUUCGUCGCGGCGGCCGACCUCGGCGUCGCGGACGGCGCCAUGAGCGCGGCGGCCAUCAACGCCGACGAGCCGCUGAAGCGCCGGCUCGAGAGCGUGAGACGGCGGGCCGCCGUCAUGAUGGGACUGGCGGACAGGGUCGAGGAUGCGCCCGGCAGCGUGCCCAAGAUCGGGUUCGUGUCGCGGCAGGCGACGGCGGCGGCGGCGGCGUCAGGCGAUGCCAUCACGGUGCGGGCCAUGUCGAUGGGGCAGCCUCACAAGGCGGUGCCCCUCACCGUGGCCGUUGCGCUCGCCGCCGCCGCGAGGCUGCCGGGAAGCGUGGUUGCCGAUUGUGUUGUGCGGCCCGAGGUGGCCAGUGUGGACGGCGGCGGCGACGACGACGACGCAAGCCUUGUAGUCCACCAUGCCAGUGGCACGUUGACUGUCGGCGCAAAGUUCAGCGAAGAGGGGCACCUCGAACAUGCUACCGUGUAUAGGACGGCGAGAAGGCUCAUGGAGGGCAGGAUAUUCUGGAAAUGAAUACAUUAGGCAUUGUGCCUUUGUGGUCUACCUCUGUAGGGGCCGAGAUAUGAUCAAGACAAGCAUCUUGCAUCCACUUUAUUGACAUGUAC